GCUAUUUAGCGUUUAAAAUGGCGGCGCCCAUAAACCACGAGAAAAAUGAAAACAAAGUCAUUAAAAGUGUUCCAAGACAAACCAAUGAGAAGCGAUUGAUAGUUGUUCUUGAAAAGGCUUCUUUAGAAUCAGUUAAGGUUGGAAAGCAGUUUGAAUUGCUAAACUGUGACAAACACAAGGGACUGGCAAAGAAGUUCAAACGAGAUAUUUCUCUCUGUCGGCCAGAUAUAACCCAUCAGUGUCUGUUAAUGUUGAUGGACAGUCCACUUAACAGAGCAGGACUUCUACAGGUUUAUGUCCACACAGAGAAAAAUGUUCUAAUAGAAAUAAACCCCCAGACAAGAAUUCCCCGAACAUUUGACAGAUUCUGUGGUCUGAUGGUACAACUAUUACACAAGUACAGUAUACAUGCAGCAGAUGGGCCUCAAAAGCUAUUAAAAGUGAUUAAAAAUCCAGUCAGUGACCAUUUGCCACUUGGUUGCAAGAAAUAUGGGACUUCAUUUCAUGUUGAAAAAGUCACAGACCCAAAGGAUAUCGUUCCUGAAAAAGAACCUGCUGUUGUUGUAAUUGGGGCAUUAUCACAUGGCAGUGUUGAUGUUGACUACACAGAGGACACAAUCUCCAUUAGCAGUUACCCCCUGUCAGCUGCAUUAACCUGUGCCAAGAUCUGCUCAGCAUUUGAAGAAAAAUGGAAUGUAAUAUGACCUUGGCUGUCAAGGUCAUUUCAACAUGCUAUCCUGGAGAGUGUUUGUCUUUCAGUUAUGUAACAAUCAUUAAUCUUUGGAUUUUACCUUGGAGAAAGAAGACCUUGGCCCAUCAAUCAGGCUGUCGAUAAGCACUCUGUGUACACUGAAAACUUUGUAUAUUUGGUGCAAGAAUGUUAAAACUUUUUCAUGCCAGUAACUCCUUUCUAGCAUUUGAACCAGAUAUUUUCAAUGGGAUUUUGUAAAUAUUUUAAUCCAAAAGUGUCUAAUUUGAUUCCCAUUCUCUAAUCAAAUGUACAAGUAUGUCCAAUUUUGCAACAAAUUGUUGCAUAAUCUAAAGUAGAUGGUAAUAAGAAACACCAUAACAGAGUUACAUAAAUAUUACAUACAGUUACAUAUUACAUGCAGUUUGGAUAUAUGCAAAGUUGAUAUCGGCUAAUUCUUCAGCAAUGAUCAUAAAUCUGUACACCAUCACCUGCUGUAACAUGUAUAUGAAUAUUUCAUUUAAGAAAAAUAAAUCAUACAUUAUAGACA